ACAGUAGUUCCAUGGUCUUAGCCUUUGUUGGUUAUAAUGAUUGUGGUAACCUAGAUUUCUUUGGUCUGAGUCACAGCACAUCCUGCAGAGCAGAGAGAUGGUGAUAGUCAUACUUAACCAGGAUACAAGCCAUAAAUUACAGAUGACCCCAAUGUUCACUGCACUGUAAGACUUAGUCCAUAGUGUACCUACUGCUAUCUUCAGCACAGGAGUUUAAAGAGUAGCUUUAAGAAGAGCAAGAGGCUGAGAGGAGUGUAUUGACCGUCCACCUCAGACCAUAGCAUGAGCUGGUGUAAUUCCAGCUGAUGUAUUUAAACGUGUUCAUAUCAAGCACACAUUGACCAACACAAAAUAUGUUAGUUUAUGUGAAGAUAUUAUUAAUUGUUGCCAUGACAACCCAAACUGAAGCACCAUGCCCAUGGUCUGGUACCUGCAGCUGCUCAUCAUCUAGCACGUCAAACGAGCAGGCAAAGCAAGUCGAGCCGAAAUACACGGUCAACUGCACUCUCAGGCAACUUCAAGCCAUCCCUCCUAGCUCAGGAAACCCAGCGUCCCUCACAUACGAACUCAUCGACUUUUCUCACAAUAACAUCACUUCCAUACAAGAUGGUGCUUUUCAAGAACUGACUACAGCACAGCGGAUAGUCCGCUUGUCUCUGACACACAACCAGAUCAGCUACAUCCACAGAAAUGCUUUCUUUGUCUUGAAGUACAAGUUGGAUUACCUGUUCCUGGACUAUAACCAUCUGACUACAGUCCCUGGAGAAGCAGUGCGUUAUCUAGCUGCUCUGUCAGAGCUCCACCUAUCCUUCAACAAAAUCAACACGUUCCCUGCGAUGACAUUUCAGGGCUACAUGGAGAGCCUGGAGGAGCUGAAACUCCAAAACAACCAGCUGACCUCUCUUCCAACCAACGCACUUCUGGGUCUUCCUAACAUCUUCCGUGUCCUGGACCUCAGAUAUAACAAUAUAUAUACCCUCAACAUUUGUACUGUUGCUGGUUUUCCUAAUUUACAGCAUGUGAAAAUGGACGGCAAUCAGUUAUCAUGUACCUGUGAUCUCAAGUGGAUGAUAGACAGAGGAGUAAAGCUCCAGAUUUCAGUGUCUACCCCAGUCUACUGCAGCCAGGGGAAAGAUAACAGGGUUCUACCUGAAAGUCUUCAGUGUGGCACUCCCCCUAACUGUGGCUACUCAUCUAAACCUGCAGCCACAAGGAAUCAAACAACUACAACUACAACAGCUGUUACAGUGGCAAAAGACAAAAAUUCAACAAUGGAAAAUCAAGACAACACAGUGGUAAUAGUUGCCAUUGUGGUGGUGAUCGGCAUUGUGAUCAUUGCCGUUAUUGUGGCAGUUGUAGUCAUUUGCUGGAUAAGACACAAACAGCACACCAUGACUAAUAUAGGUCAAGGCCAAAUGGGUAUAGGUGGUCAAGGACAUGACCCACUCAAAGGUGAAGGUCACCAGAUGAGCAUGCCAAUUUCCAUGGCCAAUGGAACAGAGCAUUUAGGGGGUGAAGCUGGAUACGAGCCACCAGUCUCCCAUGAUGCUUCUCACCAGCACAUCUAUACACAGCUCCGUACCCUGCCUCCUACACCAGUUAAUAACGAGACAGGAGAGGCUCAGUAUGAGGUAAUGCAUCCACCUGAUCACCCUGUGUAUCAGAACAAUUAUAGCUACUGUGAUGAUGUGAACGCCACUGUUCCUCAAACACAGAAUACACCAGAAUACUUGGAGCUGUUGCAGUAACUGGAUGGUAUACAUCCUGGGCAAUAACUUACUUUUCCACAUGCUGUCUUUCUAUGCACAAUUAUACAAAGUCUUAACUUACCAUACAGCAGUCUACUUGCUGAUAUAUAAACCCAAAACUCUAAUUACUCAGUUGCCAAAGUGGUGGCAACUAGAAAAGUGAUGACUAUGAUGUCAGUGGAGCUGAGACCAGGAUUGGACAGGCUUUCUGCUGAGCUGAACAAAUCAAUUCUACACACAGCAAUACUUGAUCUGCAUUUCCAUUAUUCCUUUAUCAACACAUUUUAUAUACUUUUUUCAUAAUGCAUUUACAUAUAUCAUGUAUAUGCUAGGUAUAUCCCUCCAAUAUUCUUACUAUAUUACUAGAAUGUUGAGGACCUCUUACUCCUGUACAAGGUUUUCUAUAUUUCAUAUUGUCUCCUGAUAAAUGGUUCAAAUGACUUUAAAUCAGUAAAACCAAAAAACAGAUAAAAUGUUGUGAACUGUUUAAUAACACUUGUAAACAUAUCGAGUAAUACACUUGUUGCAAUGUAUACAAUACUUUGCAAUUAAAAAUAUAUUGACUGAUUAGUGAAAUAACUUCAAUUAUUGGACCCCCAGGUAAAUGUAAUAUUAUCAUACAUUACAUUUCAAUUGUUUCAUUUGGUAGUUAUAACCGUUCAUGAAAUCAUAAUAGGAUAAUUCAUUGUUGGCAUGUUUUCUUUUAAAUGAAAACUUUUCUCACUUUGGUCAUUUGUGCAGGGAGACAGAAUUUUGCAAUAAAAAAGUUUGCUCUAAAAGUUUUGAUUUUCUUCAAGCUGAUUGUGCUGAAAUCCUUCUCCCCCCUCACCUAUCUUCAAACUGGGCAGUGUCCACUGAGCUGGCCGGAGACCACCCUCUAACCCCUUACCUGUCCUCAAACUGGCCAGUGUCCACUGAGCUGGCCUGA